AUGAACCAUUCUAUCCUUGUCCACGUCUCCAAAAAGAUCACGCGUUCUCAAUUGAACCGGGCCAUUGCGUCACAAUUGCAUUCACAGGCGCCUCAAGCGAAACGAGCAUUUUCGUCAACCAGCACGUCAGCAUCGAUAACGAUUUGGGGAUCGCAGAGCACAGUUGAAUCACUCCAAUCUCGGAAGACGGGUUCAUUGUUGGUCGGUUUGCAACCUAUUCGAAGCACGAGUUCCUUGAAGCGGCAUAUCAGCACACUCCACCUUAGAGAGAGGGAUCCUGCCAGCGACGGCUCUUCGGCAGAGAAUGGUUCCGGGAUUGGUUCAUCCUCUUCAUCCAGCGGUGAAAACGGCAACAACGGCGACAAUGAUGACAAAUCCUCCAAGCAUUUAUUCAAUUCAAGCGACAACAAUCAGCUACAGAAACCAUCCGUUCCUGAAGUAUAUCCACAAGUGCUCGCACUACCCAUUGCUCGACGACCUUUGUUCCCUGGAUUCUAUAAAGCUGUCGUUAUCAAUGACCCCAAUGUCACAGGUGCCAUCAAGGAUCUUCUUAAGCGAGGUCAGCCUUAUGUCGGUGCCUUUUUGCUCAAAGAUGAAAAUGUCGAUGUCGACACCAUCACCAAUCUCGACCAAGUUCACAAAGUCGGCGUAUUCGCUCAAAUCACCAGCGUAUUUCCAGCGAAUAAUGGCUCAAAGAAUAAGGACGAGGAUGGUGGAUUAACGGCUGUCUUGUAUCCUCAUCGUCGAAUUGAAAUCACCGAGUUGAUCAACACCAAAGGAAAGGGAGCCAUAGAGGCAAAGGUGGAAGAGCAUGACAACAAGGUGGAGAAUGUUAAAUCUGAGACCGAGACACAAGAGCUUGCUACAAAGGAAACGAGUGAACACGAGGUUGUUGAAGAAAGCAAAGACUCGCAAUAUGCUACAUCAUUCUUGGCGAACGAGCAUUCUGUUUCCUUGGUCAACGUUGAGAACAUGUUGGAUUCCACCUAUGACAAAAAGGAUCCUGUUAUCCGAGCAGUUACCUCUGAAAUCGUAUCCGUAUUCAAGGAGAUUGCUUCCCUCAACCCACUCUUCCGUGACCAGAUCGCUAGUUUCUCAAUGUCUCAAUCUGCCGGCAAUGUAUUUGAAGAACCUGCCAAGCUAGCCGAUUUUGCUGCAGCUGUUUCAACCGGUGAACCCCUUGAAUUGCAAGAAGUUAUGGAGACUUUGAAUGUCCAAGAUCGUUUGCAAAAGGCCCUUAUCGUAUUGAAGAAGGAGCUCAUGAAUGCCCAACUUCAAAACAAGAUAUCCAAGGAUGUCGAGAACAAGAUUGCCAAGCGACAACGAGAGUAUUACUUGAUGGAGCAAUUGAAGGGUAUCAAGAAGGAGCUUGGUCUUGAAAGCGAUGGCAAGGAUAAGCUUGUGGAAGGAUUCAAAGAAAAAGCAUCGAAGCUUGUGAUGCCGGAAGCAGUAAGAAAGGUCUUUGAUGAGGAAAUCAACAAACUUGCCCAUCUUGAACCUGCUGCAUCAGAAUUCAAUGUUACGCGAAAUUAUCUUGAUUGGCUUACCCAAGUUCCAUGGGGUCAACGUUCUCGUGAAAAUUACAACAUUUUCCAUGCACGAGGUAUUCUUGAUGAAGACCAUUAUGGAUUACAAGACGUCAAGGACCGGAUCCUUGAAUUCAUUGCUGUUGGAAAGCUUCGUGGUACUGUGGAAGGAAAGAUUUUAUGUUUGGCUGGUCCACCUGGUGUUGGCAAAACGUCCAUUGGCAAGAGUAUUGCUCGUGCCCUCGAUCGAGAGUUCUAUCGCUUUUCAGUUGGAGGUUUGACGGAUGUGGCAGAGAUCAAAGGACACCGAAGAACGUAUGUUGGUGCUAUGCCUGGCAAGGUCAUUCAAGCACUCAAAAAGGUCAAGACUGAGAACCCUUUGAUUCUUAUUGACGAAGUCGACAAAAUUGGACGUGGACAUCAAGGCGAUCCUUCUUCAGCACUUUUGGAACUCCUUGAUCCUGAGCAAAACGGCAGCUUCUUGGACCACUAUAUGGAUGUUCCGGUUGACCUUUCAAAGGUGUUGUUUGUAUGCACAGCCAAUGUACUCGACACUAUUCCUGGACCCCUCUUGGAUCGAAUGGAGAUUAUCCAGCUGUCAGGCUAUGUCGCAGAAGAGAAGGCUGCUAUUGCAUCAAAGUACUUGGCACCAACAGCAAAGGAGGCUUCAGGGUUACAGAAUGCCAAUGUUAACCUGACACCCGAAGCUGUGGAUACAUUGAUCAAGAACUAUUGCCGCGAAAGUGGUGUCAGAAAUUUGAAGAAGCACAUUGACAAGAUCUUCCGCAAAGCUGGUUAUCAAGUCGUCCAAAAGGUUGCAGAUGAUAGAAAAGAACCAUCAACAACAACAACAACGGAGGAUGCUGAAGAGAGGAAACCAUUGGAGAUCCCUGAAGACAUCAAACUUGAUAUCACAGCCGAGAAUCUCAAGGAUUAUGUUGGACCCCCCAUUUUCCAAUCCGAUCGCAUUUACGAAAGACCACCUCCAGGUGUGAUUAUGGGAUUGGCAUGGACUAGUAUGGGUGGAUCUUCUUUAUAUAUUGAAUCUGUUCUUGAAUCAUCCUUGAAACCAAAGUCGACUCCUUCAUUAUCAAAGACUGGUCAACUUGGAGAUGUCAUGAAAGAAUCUACCAGCAUCGCGUAUACGUUUGCAAAGUCAUUGAUGGCUGUCCGAUAUCCCAAGAAUAAGUUCUUUGACAAGGCCCAAGUUCAUUUACAUUGCCCUGCUGGUGCCGUGCCUAAAGAUGGACCCUCUGCUGGUGUCACUAUGGUUACUUCGCUUCUCUCUCUCGCACUCAACAAGGCCGUGAACCCUGAUAUUGCCAUGACAGGCGAGCUCACUGUGACAGGCAAAGUAUUGAAGAUUGGUGGCCUCAAAGAGAAGACGAUCGCUGCAAAGCGUUCCAAUGUUCAUACCAUUCUUUUCCCCAAGGAUAAUUUGCCUGAUUGGGAGGAGCUUCCAGAUCAUAUCAAAGAAGGAAUGAAUGGUGUGCCGGUGGAUUACUAUGAUGACGUUUUCAAGAUUUGUUUUGGCGAUGUUGCGCAAGAAGAAGCUGAAAACGCUUGGGCAGAAGCAUUGAAGGCUGCUGCUGACGACUCGAGCGACAAGAACAACUAA